GGAUUCUCGGAGCCUGGUGUGUUCUGAAUUCGGUUGAUCAAGUGAGCAGAUUUUCGUCCAGUUCCUGCGGGCUGGAUAUUUGCUUUGAUUGGUGUCUCCUCUCCAUCUGAGAGCUGCAAUUCCUUUGAGCCACAGCUUGAAGAUCAUCAUCCUCUGUCCUUAGACAGCCAAAAGUACAAAGUUCAGCCACACAUAACAAAAUGAGUCACAAUAUUACCGAGGAUGAUAUAGAAGACGUACCACGUUCAGAUGCAAAUUCACCAAUUUUGACUGAAUAUCACAUCACGGUUCCUGCUCUACAUGACGGACUAAUGCAAAAGGAAGAUCAUCAUGAAAGACGGCUUCUGGAUUUCCUCAAAGCAACUCCUUCUGUGCAAUGGCUAAAGGAAAUAAACCUUUGUGCACCACUGGGAAGUUUUAAGCUACCAUCGAUCGGCAUCCACCGCUAUCUCCAUGUCCACUUCGUCAGAAGAAUCGAGUGGAGCACACUCUUCACCAUUUGCAAGAACCUUCUCAAGCAUCCUCUGAACAUUGCUCUUCUCAUCUGGCUGCUCUGUGUUGCCGCUGCUGGUGCCAUGUUAGGACUGCUCCUGCUAGGAUUGUUGAACGAGGCAUUUCCUUCCAAGGCCUUGAGAGACCACUGGAUAGAGAUCGACAACCAAAUCCUCAACGCCCUUUUCACUCUCAUGAGCAUAUACCAGCAUCCCAGCUUCAUCCACCACCUUGUUCUCCUCUGCCGGUGGAGGCCAGAGGACGUCGCCGACCUUAGAAAGGUUUACUGCAAGAAUGGCACCCAGCGGCCUAAUGAGCGAGCACACAUAUCCUUCGUGGUGGCCCUCCUCCACAUCACUUGCAUCUCUCAGUACGUUGACUGUAGCCUGUACUGGGGCUUCCCCAGCAGAUCACGUUCCGAGUUCGCCGAUAACUUCUUCUUCAUCCUCGGAGUCACUGCGCCUGUUGUUGCGGGAGUGUACACCGUAUACAGCCCUCUAGGCAGAGACGUCGAUGAUGCUGCCUCCUGUGAAGAAACCAAGCAUCCUUACACAACAGAAGUCGAAUCGGCCGAAGCAAUAACAGUGGUCGGCAACCCGAUGUGGGCAGGGGAGCUGAUCGACUGCAGCGAGGAUCCCACGGCGUGCUACCUAUCGUUCCUGUGCACAUUCUGCGUGUUCGGCUGGAACAUGGAGCGGCUCGGGUUGGGCAACAUGUACGUGCACACCGUCAUGUUCCUGCUACUGUGCGUCGCGCCGUUCUGGGUGUUCAACAUCACGGCACUCAACAUUCACGACUACGUGCUCAGCGACGCCUUCGGUGCUGCAGGGAUCGUCCUGUGCUUCUUUGGGCUUCUGUACGGGGGUUUCUGGAGGAUCCAGAUGAGGAAGAAGCUCGGGCUGCCCAGAAGCAGGUGGUGCUGCGGCUCAGCGUCACUGACGGACUACGUGCAGUGGCUGUUCUGCUGGCCAUGCGCGCUUGCGCAGGAGGUCCGCACGGCGAACCUGUACAACGUGGAGGAUGGUAGUUUCUACGGGAAACUGGUGGACGGUGGUGAUCCAGAGAGUGGACCGGCAUCGAUGGUUGCGCCAGAAGUGCCGGUCUCGUUUGGAGUGCGAGAGGGGAACCACGUUGUUGUCAAACUGGCGAUGGAAGGCGAAAUGAUACAACCCGUCCAACCGGUGGUAGAGUCUGGACGGCAGAGGCAAGCUGGUGAUGAAGAAAUUGUGGCAAAUGGUAGCAGCCAGCUAAAAAGUUGACCCACAGCUGUUGGAUGGUGACUGAUGUUGUAUAGUAUGCGGAAGCUGACGAAUAGAUCUUCCUUUUUGGGAUUGAUGUCAUCAUUUGACAUUCUUAUGCUCUUGGUUUGUCAUGUUCUCUUUUAGGACUUUAGGUCGUUAGUCAUUAGUUAGUCCAUUUCUGAUCAGGUCAGCUACUGGAACACUGUAACAGGUGUCAUCUACUCAUCUUUUCGUGUUCCUUUUUAUAAGAGAAAAAAACCUCAUAUGAUUACUAUGAGGCUCUUACUA